AUGAAAGACAUCCAACUUGCGCUUGAUGCGCUUACAGGGAAGCAACCCCCUGGAGAGCGCCCAGAAAUCAGCACGAAACAGAUAGCAAACGGGAGCAAACGGGCCCCCCCACCUGCUCCAAAUCCUCCGCCAGCAAAGAAGCGUCAGCUUCCAUCCACCUGGACCGACGACACGCUAUCUUCCUCAUCUGGAUUCAAGAAAUCGAACAGUUUUUCUUUGCCGGCAGUAAAGUCUACGUCAUUGACCGUCGCUUCUUCGUCAACAAAGCCCUCUACUAAGCUUGCUGGAGUAUUCCUUAGUCAGGAACAGACGCAUAUACUUCGCCUCGUGGAAAGUGGGGACAGCGUGUUCUACACCGGUAGUGCCGGUACUGGGAAAUCGGUCUUGCUCCGAGAAAUCAUUCGCACAUUGCGAAAGAAAUAUGUCAAAUCUCCCGAUGCUAUUGCCAUUACUGCAUCAACAGGUUAG